UGCGGAUUUUCUGAUCUUAACAGGGAUUUUUUUGUGAUUCUUUCCUGAACGAUCACCACUUUAAUCUGUUUAACCAGAUUUAGUGUUUACGUCAUAUUGUAUAGACGGAGGUGAUCGAAGAAGAGAUAAUUGCUUCCCCUUUCUUGAGUCUUGUGUUUUUACCAAACGUCACGAUGAAAGCCAAGGAGAUCAGAAUCAUCACCCUCUUGGUGGUUGAUAUUUUCUUCUUCCUUUUGGAAGCUAUCGUUGGGUACACUGUUCACUCAUUGGCUUUAAUUGCCGAUUCCUUCCAUAUGUUGAAUGAUAUCAUUUCUCUUUUCAUUGCGUUAUGGGCCGUGAAAGUGAAAAAUUCAAAGCCUGCCGAUGGGAAAUACACUUACGGAUGGCAAAGAGCUGAAAUUAUUGGUGCUUUGGUGAACGCUGUGUUCUUAUUGGCCCUUUGCUUUACGAUUGUGAUCGAGGCCAUUCAACGUUUCUUUGCUCCACCUGAAAUAUCUAAUCCUCAACUUAUCUUGAUGGUGGGAUUCUUUGGCUUGUUGAGUAAUGGGUUGGGCCUCGUAUUGUUCCACGAACAUGGACAUUCUCAUGGACACUCACAUGGGAGUGGUUCAAGUAAUCAAUCUCAUAGUCACAGCCAUGCUUCUGGCUCUUCAGACGUACAUGAUGAGGAAUCAAACAUCAGAUCUGGUUCAUACACUGAAAACAAUCGAUCAAGUACAGAUAUAUCUGAGUACUUGCCCGACACUGUUGUCGCUCGACAUGAUGAGAGAAGCAAUCUUCUCUCUGGUAACAAGAAAGACGUACCGAGGAAAAAGCUGAAGUCCAUGAACAUGGAGGGCGUCUUUUUACAUGUUCUUGGUGAUGCAUUGGGAAAUGUGGGUGUUAUAAUCACUGCAAUCUUUAUUUGGAAAACGGACUACUCUUGGAGGUUUUACAGUGAUCCUGUUGUUUCUCUUUUCAUUACUUUGAUUAUAUUCUCGUCUGCGUUGCCUUUGUGCAGAAAGUCUUGUAAGAUUUUGUUACAGGCUACUCCACAGAAUUUGGACUCGAAUGUGAUCGUUGAGGAGAUCACUCUUUUGCCUUCCAUUAAGGCUAUACACGACUUCCAUGUAUGGAAUUUAGAUGAAGACUUCCUCGUGGCAUCAUUGCAUAUCGAACUCAAUGAGCAACCAGAAUCUAAUAUUCAUGACUCCAAAGGGGACGGGAAAAUAGACAAGAAUGCCUUUGUUGAAACUGUUGCCCAAGUGAGAGAGAUUCUUUUUAGGUCGGGAAUCAGCAGUGUGACUAUCCAGCCUGAGUUCGGAAAUAAGCGUGUCAACUCGGUUUACGGAGUGAACAAAACUCCUUCAUGCAAAUAACUGUAAUUGCUUUUAUAUGCUCUUGUCGUAGUUUCGUUGAACAGUCAGGAUAUUUUAAUGGAGACAAAAACAUAGACAGGAAAUCUCGGAUACAUCUUUUGGGUACAUUAAAUAUUACGUGAAGAAAAAGAGUCAUUUUCCGAAGUGCCUGUGUAAACAGGUUGCAUUGUUGAAAGAUAUAGAUUUUGGUAUAUGUAUAUGAAUGUGACUAACGCUGAUCUUUGC